AAAAAAAAAAAAGGAUAGUGAAAACUUUAUUUCUGCUUUGUUGAAUAAAUUACGUGAACACCUUUAUUUUUAUUUUAUUUUUACGUGAAAACUUCUUCGUAAUAUAUACAAGCGCAAAUCAUCUUCGAUCUCCCACUCCCACGCACCUCGAAAAAUACGUCUUGGACACAAGGAUCGUGAAGGAACUCUUUGGCAAUUUAUUCUCUGGUGAGGAUCAAAUCCCAAGUUGGCAGAGUGUAGGGGGGGAUGGCUGAGCUCGAACAAGACCAUGGGGCGGAGGAAUCCUUGGCGCGGGAUUAUGUUCGCUCGCUCACGGACGCGGGUAUGAAUAUCGUGGAAUCAGUUGCUUACAUUCGCAGCCUAGACGUAGGUCAGGACACGCUUCAACAGGAGGAAACGGAGCGGGAGUCGGAUCAGAAUCUUACUCAGCUUCAGAGAUCCGCAGCGAUUCUUGAUAUUGUGAAGGCGGGGGCAGAGCAAAGGAUGCAAGUGAUUUGCUUGGAGCGCGUAAAGACCGCUUUGGUUUCGGAGGAUUACGAAUCCGCCGCGAAGUUCGUACUGAAAUUCCUACAAAUCGAUUCCCAAUCCAAGGAUUCUAACACGGAACUGAGAGCGGAGCUUCUCGCGUUGAAGAAGCAGCUUGAAGAUAUUGUGAAGGAUAAGCUCGUGGCGGCCAUAAACGAAAAGAUUUACCCUACAAUAAUGAGGUUUGUGCGACUAUAUACUCCACUGGGAAUGGAGGAGCAAGGACUAAAGCUCUAUGUUGGUUACCUGAAAAACGUCAUUGCAAUGAGAGGGUUAACGAAUUACCAACAACUUGUUCUGAGUGUGGAGCAAGAUUUGGAACAAGUAGAUUUCGUUGGGUGCUUGACCGAUUUGUUUGAUGACAUUCUCAUGACUAUCCAAUACAACGAUGCGAUCUUGAGGGCUCUUGGUGGAGAAGAUGGUGUUGUGUAUGCGAUAUGUGAACUGCAAGCGGUAUGUGACUUUAGAAGUUCGUUAAUCUGGCAGAAGUACAAGGAUUAUAGAAUGUUAGCUAGAUUUACCAAUCAGAAUCUUCCUGAAAGACCAGACCCGAAAGUUGCUGAGCUGUGUGUCAAAGAGAUAUUAUUGCUGAUGCGGUUGAGUAAGGAUUAUACUGAGUUAAUGUUCUCAAAACUCAGGUCGGUAGACCCUGAGUUGUUGCCGAGGAAUACAAAGGCAUUUCGAAAAGGAACUUUUAGCAAAGAGAUACAGGAUGUCACAGGAUUAUAUGUUAUACUGGAAAAUUUUUACGGUAUACUAGAAAGAUUCUUUAUGGUUGAGAGUGUGAGGCUUGCUAUAAGGAUCGACAAGCAGCUACCAGACAGCCUUAUCACUUCGAUGGUGGGUGACGUGUUCUAUCUGUUGAAAACUUCUCUGCUGAGGGCGCUUUCAACGUCAAACAUAAGAUCUGUUCUUUCGGUACUGAGCGAUGCUGCUAGCUUGUUGGCCAAUGAUUACCAUGACGCCUUGCAGCGGAAGACAAGAGAGUCACACAUUGAUGCUCGGUUGUUCGUGAAUGAUAUGGUCGCCAACAACACCGGAGCUGAGAAUGCAUCUACUCUGAACGAUAUAGAUGUGAGCUGCGAGUACAUACUCAAACUAAACUGUGAAAUCGAGGAGCAAUGUUCUAAAGUGUUUGCUCCAGCGCCAGCAGAUCAUGAGAGGAUAAAAUCAUGUCUUUCCAAGUUAGACGAAUUGGGCAAUACGUUCAAGCAAUCAGCAUGCAUGGACCAGCUGGUGGCAAUCGUAACACAACGAAUCCGUCCUAUUCUUGAAACCGUAGCUACCAUGAGCUACGAGUUAAUAGAAACCAAGCAUGCACAGAACGCGGACUGCAGCCCGUGGGUCAAACUACUUUUCGACUCAGUUGAAACAAACGCAGCGUCACUCAAAUCAAGAACAAUAUCCGACAACUACGAAUCGAUUCUGGAUCUCAUAAUCGAGUUCAUAGCCAAUAGACUCGAAGUCAUAAUGAUGCAGAAAUGUUUUAGCCAGCUUGGUGGACUUCAGCUUGCCCAAGACACAAAGGCCUUGACUAGUCACUUCUCAGAUAUGACUGAAAGGUUUGUGAGACCCAAGUUUGCUCGGCUUAAUCAAAUGGCGGGGUUACUUAACAGUAAAAAGUAUUUAUUUGUCCAAGAAAUUAUGGAGUUCUGCUCAUGGAACUCCGUAAUGACAGGCACACUCACGCCAGGGGAGAUUCUGUUUGUUUUGAGUCUGCGAGUCGAGUUUAAACCGGAACCCACUGCUGCUCAUUUGGUUUUGUGAUCUAGUCUUCCUCUUCUCAUCUAUCCUUAGUCCUUACUUUACUGGCUUUUGUGUUUUUUUCUGUC